AUGGCGGACAUUGCAGAAAAACCGGAUUUUGAAGAGCUUUGCAUAAAAUGCGAACAAAUGGAACUCGACGUAAGUAUAGUGGAAAUAUAUUUUUUUCAAAAUUGUAAAAUUUCCUCAAAUUCUUUUGAUAUUCCCAUUUUUUGUGAGUUUUGGACCACAGUUACUAGCAUUUUGCGCUCGUCCUAUCUACCAAACUUGUGAAGUAGCAGAUAAUGAUUUAAACUUUUUGCCGAUUUUGUGCUAACAUAUUGUUAUUUAUCCCUAGGGUUCUGCUUCAGGGGAAGUUUAUACACAGCUGUUAGCGGUUUAUCUGUUUCAAAAUGAUAUGUAAGUUUUAAUUUUCUGUAAACCUAACAUUUGACAAUGAGCCUGCAAUGUUUAGGACUAAGGCAAGCCAUGAUGCGUCACGAUCGAUCAAUUUGAAUCUUCAACAUCCCCUCCUCAGGCAGCCCCUCAGGCAUGUGAAAUUCAGAUUUGUUCGAAUUCCCACUUCCUCGGGCCAAAACUGUGUGCAGAUUUCCUACCCAAGUGCUGGGUUUGAUAGUCAUUUUUUCGGUAAAACCUGAAACCUACAUGUAGACCUUGAAGAACUUUUCUUUUGAGCUUUUUCUGGCAAAAGGGAACUCUUUACCUUGUUCCAUUGGAAAGACUUAACAUUUAUGGUUCAAAUUCCCUUUCCCACCCAAACAAGGUUCCCCAGCACUGUUAGGAGAGUUGAGGUACAAAUGUUAGGAAUAAAAGGGAAGGGUUUAAGGUGAUACUUGACGUCCUGGAAAAAUCAAUUUGAGUCUUAGAAAAGUCCUGAAAUUUGUUUCUGAAAAUGGGUACCAACCUGCUGAGCAAUUGCUCAACUGAACUCCAUCCUAAAUCAAUCUCUCUAGUACCUACAUGUAACAUGGCCAUUUUGUUACUAGCAAUUUGUAAGGCAAGGAGCAGCUCACACAAUAGUCUACAAAUGUUAAAUUACACAAACAAAGCAAGCUUGUAUUUGUACAGGUGUGAAAUUAAGAAGCAUACCACUCAGUAUUGGUUGAUGUUACCCCUAUGACUCUCAGCUUAUAGCUGAUGUAUUCCCUCCAUGUUAAAUAAACACAACAAGCUGACAAGAAAGCUUCUGUUUCUAUCAUGUUGAAGCUAUUUUUGUUUUUGCUGUUUUUCAGUUGCAAUGCCAAGUUUUUAUGGAAAAGAACACCAGAUGAAAUUAAACUGGUGAGUUAUGUCAACUUUUUUCUUGUAAUUACAGUAAAUCUUGACAGAUAAUCAACAUGAAUGUAGAUUUUCUUCUUGAAGGAUUUACAAACAAUUUGUAUUAACAUCAAUAGGUAAGAUUCAAUCAAAAUAAGAGAAUAAUUUAGCUUAUCAUAAAUUACAAUCAGUAAUAGAUCACAGAUGACUGUAAAAUAUGUUAAAAAUGUAAAUGUGGCGUAUUAGCAGUGGAUAAGUGUGCUAAUGAUAUUAACUCUUACCACAUUUUGAUGCAGUCUGUGAUCUGUUACUGAAUAGUUGCAGGAGAAUAUGGAAUCUGUGUGUUUUGUAAGAUGAAGAAAAAUGGUGGUAAUGGUGAUGCCAUUUAUACCUGAAUUUUUGUGAAUGUACUCCAAUAAUCCAUCAAUAAGAACCAAUUAAAAUACCUGUAUAAUUUAGUUUAUCAUAUAAUAUAAUACAAUAUAAUAUAAUCAUAGUAUAAUGUGAUUAUCUUAUAAUAUUGGUAUUUUUGCUAAAGGGAUGCUAGUUACAUGCCACUUCACCCCACCCCCAACCCCUUCUAAUAGUUUCUAUUUUGCUUCCAUGAUAUUCCAUGACUACUCCUUGGGGGAGAGGGGCUCUUUGAGCAUUAUAUGUAUCACCCAUUAACCCCCCUAAGAUCUAAUUGUUAAUCUCCCCUCUAGCUGUUUCACAUUUCCUUGUAGAUUAGUUAUGAGAAUUUAGUAGCAAACCGAGAUAUCAUCUACCACACAAUGUCCACCACAUAAGUGUUUUGUAUAUUUUUUCUUCUUUGGUUAAUACAUUUUUUUAAUGUUAUUUAUUUAUUUAUUUAUUUAUCACCUUAAGUCAACUCCAGAGCUUGCAAAACUCUGGAAUGUAGGAUGUCAUAUCUGGAAAAGAGAUUUUGUAGCAGUUUACAAUGCUCUGAAAGAAGAAUGGUCACCUUCUAUCCAGCCAAUCAUUGCAGCAUUAACAGGUGAGAUUUAAAUGCCUACCAGCAGCAAACUCUAAAAUUUUUGUGAUUUUCUCCUUGUGACAAGUUAUAUGAUAUGUUGUGUGCAUUUUGUUUGUAAACAACAGAGGGAGAAGAAAAGAAAGUAAUUCCAUUGGAACUCUUUAUUGACUCCAUGAAAGACUGAUUUUUCAUUGAAACUAAACAAAACUUGCCUGCAGCAAUAAAUCAUGUCUGGUGUGGUCAGUUUUCAAGUUUCAUUGAAAUAAAUGGCUCGAAAUUCCAGAAAAUAUGAAGCAAAAAAUUUUUUGAUUUCUCAAAGUAAAGACUGGUACCAGCCAUUAAUUUGGCUUCCAUUGAAUGUGAUUAUGUACAAGAGCUUAAAAAAAUGUUUUCAUGAGCUUGCUAUGGGAUCUAGAGAAACUUUGCUAAUUUACUAGUUUUAGCUUGUUUACUUGCAAGGAGAGACUGACUUUCAUAUGACUUGUGUAAAAGUGAGUUUUUGACUGAAAAAAUGAGAAGAGCUUAACAUGGUUUAGACUGCUGAUUGUUGUUACACCUUUUUACCUUGAAGUUCACUCAUAUACCUAUACGGAUAAUGUAAUUAACCGAUUACUUCCAACAAGUCCUAACCCUUUUUCUCCCAAGAUUGGACUGUUAAUUGUCCCCUCUUGCUACCACAUAUUUCUUUGUAGAUUAGUUACAAGAAUUUGGUGGUAGAUCAAGUUUAAAACUUCUAUCUUAUAACUUUUGGUAUUCUUAUUACCUGUUUUCUGGAUAAAGUGUGGAUUAUAGGAGAAAAGUUACAUGUGAAAAACUUUUGGGAUUUCCAUGUAUGGGGUUAAGGCAAUCAGAUUACCCUCCUUGUUUGGUGAUGGUGUCUAGUUCAUGACCUCUUGUAUGUUUUUUUCAGAAAAACUUCAGAAAAGGACAUUUGAUUUAGUAGUAUCCAACGAUACACCUCUAUCAGAGCAGAAGACUUGGCCAAACUAA